UAAUCUUCGCACUCAGUAAAUACAGGCAUGUGACCCCGCAGGGCUGUAUUUAUUGAGGACCCACCAGCCAGCUCGGAGCAGUUCUCACUCUGGCAACAGCCAUGCAGACAGUGGUCAGAGAAGGCAAGCUGAGCCCAGCAGGCCGGGUGACCUUCCUCUCCAGGACAGAAACCAUCGCAGCUGCUCACAGGCUGAACAGCAAAUCCCUGAGUGAUGCAGAAAACAAGAAGCUUUUUGGGAAAUGCAACCAGAGUCAUGGGCACAACUACACAGUGGUGGUGACGGUCCGUGGGGAGAUCAACCCCAUCAGCGGCAUGUUCAUGAACAUUUCCACGCUUCAAGAGCACAUGCAGGAGGCGAUCAUGAAACCGCUCGACCACAAGAACCUAGAUCAGGAUGUGGCCUAUUUUGCUGAUGUGGUGAGCACAACGGAGAACCUUGCUGUGUAUAUCUGGGAAAGCCUCCAGAAGCGCCUGCCAGCUGGGUGUCUGUACAAAGUCAAAGUCUAUGAAUCUGACAAAAACUUUAUUGUCUACAAGGGAGGAUAGGAGGCUUAAGGGUUAUGAAGAUGCUUCCUGAAGUCUAAUUCUCUCAAAGCCUAAAGCAGUUUCUGGACACAUUGUGUUGACAGCGAGCAUGGAUCAGAUAUUGCGUGCAAAUCUUCCCUUAGCAGGCCAUUUGUUUAUAAUUAAGAGCGCUGAUUCCUUGAAAUCUUUAACAUAAGCUAUAAAGCAGCUUUAACAGUGUUCCCAGCAGGUUAGGUGCUUGUAAUUCAUAAACUUUUAUAGCUA